CUGGGUGCCGAUGUAGAGUUGGUCGAAGAAGAUUUUAGUGGUCAGCAAAAAUGUUCCCCACAAAAUAUUGCUGUUGUUUUGGUUGAAAAUGAUGACAAUAAUGAUAGAAUUUCUAAAAAUAAAAAUUCUUCAAAUAUCAUGAUCAAGCCUGAUUCGAUGAUCAAAUGUUCAACAUCUGCUUAUCAAGUACCUGAUCGAAACAAUAGUGGCAGCAGCAACCUGUCAAUCACAUCAAAUAUUAGCAACAUCAGUACAUCUAAUAAAAUGACAGGAGUCGUGGAAAGAAGACUAUCUGCCAACUAUCGCACAGGUGCUGUUGAUUUGUUACCACCAUCUCGAGCUUCAUCCCAAUCGAUCACGAAAAAAAUUUCCAAUAGCAAUGUUGUUACCUCUUCUGGACAUCAUCAUGUGAAGAAUCCAUCAUCACGGGUCAUCAUUAAUCGACAACAAUCAAACAUAUUAAAAUCUGUCAAACAACAAACAGAUACUAGUCGAGGAUCUGUCAAUUCACAACAGCAACAAUCAUCAACAGCUUCAUUAGCUUCGUCAGCAUCAUCAUCGACUACUUCGACAUCAACUGCUGCACCAAUGACCUCUUCGGGAAAUCAUAAUCGUCAUCGAUCAGCACCUUUACAACAAACAAUGACAACAACACGUAAAGAGAUCUCGCCACAAUCAAAAAAUCGUCAUCAAACAAAAAUUAUUCCCUUAACCACAACCAGAAAAAGUGUACAUAAAAAUAAUGUAUUUGAUAAAUCGAUCAAAUCAACAACAACAACAAUAAGUAAAGGUGUACAUCAUUGUGACGAUACAGACGAUAGAAAUGAAUUGAAAGAAUGAAUGAAAUCUUCUUUUUUCGACCAACUCUCGACAUGAUUGGACAUCGGCUUACC